UUUCAAGUGAUUUUGUUUGAGAGAAGACACUUGCAGAAUGAGAGAUGCUUUUCAAGAAGGCUUUCUGAAACGGCAGUCUAUUCCUUGUAACCAAAACAAUUUUGAAGUGAAGAUAGUGUCUUCUGUUCCUUUCGGGGAAGAACAGUUGAAGCGAACAAGCAACCUUCAGGGUUUCUUUCUUCAUUCUGUUUCUUGGAUUAUUAUUAUUUUAUUAGUUUUUGCUGGUGGGUUUUAUUUGGGUUAUGCUGGAGUAUGGUUGUCUUCUUCUCUGCAAGUAAGCUCGCCAGAUGCUCAUACAGACAGUCAAGAGGUUCAUACGUUCCAAUUGCCAAAGGAAACUUCAGAAGAAGACAAGAGGACAGACAACUCACAAAUUAUUGUAGAAUAUGAAGAAAUAUUUCAUCAGGGAAACAACAAUGAACACGAUAACAAUAGACUAUGGGAACAAAUUGCACCAAAAGUUGCAGUAGCUGUGAAAACUGGGAAGGGUGUAUGGAAUAGUCGAAUUCUAGCUCACAUGAAAACAUGGUGGAAAAGAAUACCCAACAAAAUUAUUAUUUCAGAUUGGUCCGAACCUUCCAACGGUAUUAUCGGUCUUGAACAGAUGGUUGAUAAGGACUUGCGUGAAGAGUUGGGUAUUUCUAGACUCUUAAGAGACAUUCGAGACGAAGAUACACCGGUAUUCUUUGGAGAAGUGAGUGAUAGUUUUCGGUUGGACAGCGAAAAGAACUUGCCAGGAUUGGUCACUCUAUAUAAUACUUUUCCGGAUGCGGAAUGGUAUAUAAUGAUUGAUGAUGACACUUUUAUAUUUCUUGAUAAUUUGGCACAAUUUCUAUUAGAAUAUUCUUCGAAUAUCUCAUCUCCUUUAGAUGUACCUUUCUAUUUUGGAAAUCCAUUUUCGGUAGGUAUUCCUUCCAAUAAUGAAACUUGGGAAGAUGAGGAGAAGUCUUCUUCCGCCUCUAUUUCUUUUGCUCAUGGAGGCUCCGGAAUUCUUUUGUCAUCGAAAGCAUUGAAGACUAUUGUACCUCAUAUUCCUUGGUGUAUGAAAAAGUGGCAAGGCUGUCCUCACGGUGAUGCCAGAGUUGCAUUAUAUGCUCUCAAGUUUUCUUCCAUCUUUCAAGCAAAGAAAUAUCUUUUUCAAUCAAAUACCGAUCACUCUUCAUCAUAUCGUGGGAGACAUUGUGGAUAGAUUGGUCAACUUGGAAUAUAUCGUGUUGGAAAGGGCACGUUUAGAAACAGGAAAAGGACCCAAUGAAACUGUUGUUACUUUU